GUUGGAAAAGGUUAUCAUCUGUUGAACGGCAACAACGAAAUCAACUCAUUCAGUGUUUCUUGUCGCGGAUAUUAAAUAAUUGUAAUUUCUUAAUUAAGAAACUUGAAAAUGGUCAAAGCAUGGUUAAUGGAUAAUGAAACAACAGACCAACGUUUGGAACAUCAUCGCAAUCCACCGGCAUUUGUUGAAUUGGAUGAGCUGUUUAAGAGAACUGGUGUAGAAUAUUUUCUGAUCAAUGCAGAUAAUUAUCAAAACGACAAAGUUCUCCAAGAUCUACGCAAACAACGCAAUUAUUCCUAUGAGGAUGAGAUAACAUGCUCCGAAAAAUGUCUACCCGAUUAUGCCAAUAAAUUGAAAUCCUUCUUUACCGAACAUUUGCACACAGAUGAGGAAAUUCGUUUGGUCCUGGAUGGCUCAGGAUAUUUUGAUGUACGGGAUAAUGAGGAAAACUGGAUAAGAAUUGCCGUUAGCAAAGGUGAUUUAAUUAUAAUUCCUGCUGGAAUAUAUCAUCGUUUUACUUUAGAUUCCAAUAAUUAUGUUACAGCGAAACGUUAUUUUGUUGGUGAACCAGUUUGGUUACCUUAUAAUCGACCUGCUGAUGAUAUGGAUUGCCGCAAGGAAUAUUUGAAACAUCAAUCGGAAGGUUUUGUGAAUUUAGGCAAAGCUUGAAUGUUUAAAGUUACAACCAAUCUGUUUUUUGUUAAUAAUAAAGAAGUUUUGAAAUGCAAAAAAUGAAGAA